AUGAGUUCUGGUGAUGAUUCUAAAAACGUUGAGGAAACCCCAUUGCAAAUAAUUGAAACUGGGCCAAAUGGUUUAAGGCAACAGAUAAUCCCUGAUACUAAUUUUGAAUAUAUUAGUGCAGACAGUGAAUUGACAGAAGAUUUGGAGGAUGAUAUCGAGAAUAUCGAUUUGGUGCAUUUGAAGAUACGUUCUAUGGAAGAUUUGAAUCUGUAUAGGUUCAAGAAAUUAGUAUCGUUAUGUUUAAGACAGAAUUUGAUUGAAAGUAUUAGUGAAGUUGAUGUAUUGCCAUAUGAUACUUUGAAAGAGUUGGAUUUGUAUGAUAAUAGGAUUAAACAUAUUUCUAGUAAUGUCAAUAAAUUGGUUGCUUUAGAAAAUUUGGAUUUUUCAUUUAAUAACAUUAAAAAUAUUAAAAAUAUUGAUAAAUUGGUUAAUCUUGAAAAUUUAUACUUCGUUCAAAAUAAAAUAUCAGUUAUUGAAAAUCUAUCAACUUUGACAAAGUUGAAGAAUCUAGAAUUGGGUGGUAAUAAUAUCAAAGAAAUAGGGCCGGAUUCUUUCCAAGGGUUGGAGAAGCUAGAAGAAAUUUGGUUGGGUAAAAACUCUAUUCCAAGGUUGAUUAAUCUACAUCAUUUGAAGAGCUUGAAGAUUUUAUCAAUUCAAGGUAAUAAAUUGAAAAAUAUUGAAGGUUUAGAGGAAUUAGAAAAUUUAGAAGAGUUGUACCUUUCUCAUAAUUUUAUUACUAAAAUUGAAAAUCUGGAUAAAAAUUUGAAAUUAAAUACCCUGGAUAUCACAGCUAACAAGAUUGAAAAAAUAGAAAAUUUAAAACACUUGACUAAUCUAACGGAUAUUUGGGCAUCUUUUAAUAAAGUUGACCAAACUUUUGAGUCACUAGGUGAAGAAUUGGGUAAAUUGCCAAACCUUGAAACAAUAUAUUUAGAAGCCAACCCAAUUCAACGUAAUAAUGAAAUAUCAUACAGAAGAAAGUUAAUGAUGAAUUUAGGGCCAUCAUUACAAAAAAUCGAUGCUACUUUUAUUCAAGGUUAA